UCUUCUUUUCCUCUAUUAUCGUUAAUAUACCUAGGUUCUUGCCUGGAAGUAUUGGUGAUCCACUGCUACUAGACACGGAAGCCCGUUAAGCGAAAGCUUUUUCUAUUCCGUCCUCAACCAUUUGAACCAUUUUAAUAUGAUAAAAUUGUAGGUCACAAUUUGUGAAAAUUUGGCGGGGAAAUGUAAAUUUUGGAUUUUGUUUACUAUGUCUAUAUUUUUGCGGAUUAAACGUCCAAACACUGAUUGUCCUAGUCAAAUCUGUGAAGCACAAAAUCUUAUAAAACGUCCUAAAUCUGACUUACAAUCAAUUCAAUUUAAAUAUAUCGGUAGCCAAACUUCAAAUUGCUCAUUAAUUGGCAAAAUCGACAAAGUAUGCACUUCUUCUGAAAAACUAUGUAAGAUUAUAUGUAAUACCUCAGAUGCUACUGUCGUUGGCGAAAAUCAGACAGUCAAGUGUCAAAUUAAAGUGAACAAUUUAAAACGUCCUGCUAUUACCACUGGAGUUUUUGAUGAUUUUAAUAAACUUAAUCUUAAUUAUUCAUCAAAACCUUCUAUUGGUCCAAAUCCUCCAAAAAUUUUUAAAAUUAUUGAAUUAACCCCAGAAUCAACUGAUGAAGCAAUUUCAUCGACGAAAUUAACUAACAAUAAUGAUUUCGAUAAUAAUGAUAAUAAACAUCAAUCUGAUUAUAUGUAUGAUAUAUAUAAAAUGAUAUCGACAACAACAACAACAUCAGAUUCCAAGGGUUUAUCAUCAGAACAAACAAUUUGGUGUACAAAUGAUUUAUUGAAUAAUAAUGAUCUAUUCAUGAAUAAUGGUGAUAAUUAUAUUCAUGAUGAAUAUAGUUGGGAAUUAAAUAAAGAUUAUUAUGAUUAUACUAAUGUUGAUGAUGAUGAUGAUGAUGAUGAUGAUAAUGAUGAAGAUGAUUCAAAUAGUGAAUCGAAUUGGCGUAAUGAUUAUCCUGAUGAAAAAGAAACUGGUAGUAGUUCAUCGAAUUAUUCAGAUACUGAUUCUUCAUUGAAUUAUAAUCGUAAUAAUGAAGAUUCAGAUUAUUAUUAUUAACUUUUUCUUGUAUGAACUUUUUUCUAAAAAAAAACAUUUUUUGUAUAUAUAGUUGUCUACUACUUAUGCAGUGUAGUUAUCUUCGUUAAUAAUUACCAUUAUAUUUGUGUGUGUAUGUGUGACAUUAGCAUACUGCUAAGUUGUGUAGGUUAAAGCAAAUGGUGCUCAAACUGAAACAGGUGGUUUGCUUAGGAGGCCAUACCCAAGGCCUUCAAUCUAAAGAUUUGAUCCAUAAGACAGUGGAGCAUCGUAAGGAUGCAGUUCCAUGGUAGCCAGUAGUCAACGAUUAAUUCAUACGCCAUUU